AUGUCGACGUAUAAUGUUAAUAAUGCUAUGAUGAUGAUGAAUCCUGGCCAUGUACAACGAUUAAAUAAGGAUACUUCGACGAGACGUGGUUCUAUAGAUUUUCUAGGCUUACCUAGCAGUCAAUCGGAUGAGAGCUUACGGCAUUCAAAUUCCUAUCCACAGCUCAAUUAUAAUACCAAAACAGAGCGAAGUAGAUCUCUGCCUAACUUAACAGAAUUAGACAAUAUUUUAGUGGUUUUGACCAAUCGGCAAGCCGAAAAAUUGAACUUUGACACUAACUUUAUAACAACAAAACUUAAUGACCCAAGAAUUGUUUGGCGUAACGGCACUGUUUCGCCUAAGCACUGUUUUGCCUAUAAGCAUUGUUUCGCCUACACGCAUUCCGCGCAUUCUUUCGGUAGCAUAAAAGCAACCUAUAUUUUCGAAAUUUGUCACCACCUGUUGAUUCCUAUACGGAUGAAACAGACUGUAGUGGGUUUUUGAGGUAAAACGAAAAACUAUAUUACGCUCUAUGUCUAUGUGAUAUUGAGCACUGUUUGUGUUUUGUAAACCAAAAACUUAAGAUAUAGCCUAUAUAUAUAUAGGAGCGGGUAAAACAAAACUUGUGAACACUCACAGUGUCGCAUACAGAGAUUCAGAAACUUUGAUAAAGCUUAUUGACCCAGGUAGAGUUCAGCAUUCAUAUACCGGGUGUCCCAAAAAAAAGUACUCCUGUUUGAUUUGUUAUAACUUCUAAACAAGUAAAGCUUUUAAAGAGAAAUAGAGGAAGGACUAACUUAGAUUUUGAUAUAUUACAGUUGUAUUUCACGUAAAAAUUAACGGAGAUAUUAAUGUUUAAAAUCGGGAGCAUAUUUCUGGAUGUGUCUGAAAUAUGCAAAAAACGGCGUAUCAAAUAUUAAUCAAAGAUUUGCCCGACUAUAAAACAUGCACUAUUACCAGUAAAUAAAUGACACUUGACAAAUUGUUUAUUAUGAAACAAAGUAUUAUUAUCUACAAAAUACAAGCAAGAUAUAUUCGUCCGAAAUCCGCGUGUGCAUGUUGCUAGCACGAAUACGUUUCCUUAUUUCAUGAGGCCACUCACGGUAUCGCGAAUAAUCGUCAUGGAUCGUUCGUAGUUCUGAAUUAGGGCAUGCUGUCACAAUGGAAUUGUGAAGCUCUUCUAACUUUUGCAACGUUUUGAAAUUUUGUUAAGAACACCCAAACUCUUUUGCUUUUUCUUAAUCUUGGCAAGUUCAGAAUAAACUGAGAAUAAAACACAAUCAAACCAUACAACUCCAUAAGACAUAACGAGCAACUCCCCAGAGACAUCCAACAUUUUUGGAACAAAACGUAACAAAAUAGUAGCGUUGAUUCUGUGAUGUGUAUUUGCAAAAAGCAAUAUUAAUUCAUUAAAGAAUAAUAUUUAUCCCGCUCUAACCGAGAAAUAAUCAACUUUGUUUUGAACCCAUGAAAAAGAUAAAAAAUUAGGCCAAGAAAAAUUUAAGCGCCUGCCUUGCAUGGUCUUUCAUGUACCUUAUAAAUUUGUAAAGUUUGUAAAGACCUAUUAAAUACUUGCAUAAUUUCGUACGUUCAUAUUUCAGGAAACAUUGAGCUAAGACUUACAUGUAAGAAGUCUAAAUCUACGCCAUAUCCCUUACAAACCCUAACGACAAUUCGCUGAAAUACAAGUUUGCCUGAUAUGUCAUCAAGCAAACAAACGCUGAAGUUAAUAUUUGAUAUGCCGAUUUUCGCAAAUUUUAGACACAUCCCAAAAUAUGCUCCCGAUUUUGAACAUUAAUAUCUCCGUGAAUUUUUAAGUAAAAUACAACUGCAAUAUAUCAAAAUCUAAGUUAGUCCUUCCUCUAUUUAAUGCUAGUUAUUUCUGUUUGAUAGCUUUACUUGUUUAGAAGUUAUUAUAAAUCAAACCGGAGUACUUUUUUUGGGACACCCGGUAUAUAUAUAUAUAUAUAUAUAUAUAUAUAUAUAUAUAUAUAUAUAUAUAUAUAUAUAUAUAUAUAUAUAUAUAUAAUUUCCAGUCUUAAAUCCGUCUGACCGUGUAGCUCAGUUGGUAGAGCGUCGAUCUAGUAAUUCGAAGGUCGCGGGUUCAAGACCCAGCCGCGGCAGACAACAUCUUUCUGCUUGCGCUGGGUAUGAAAAUUAUAUAAUACACACUCUAGAACAUUUUCAUCUUAACAUAUUACAGAGUGUACAAUUACACAACUAACAUAUAUAUAUAUAUAUAUAUAUAUAUAUAUAUAUAUAUAUAUAUAUAUAUAUAUAUAUAUAUAUAUAUAUAUAUAUAUAUAUAUAUAUAUAUAUAUAUAUAUAUAUAUAAUUAGGUUUCGUUGUUUACAAAAACAUUUGGCAGAGUGCUCAAUGGAUAUCCAGAGCAUAAUUAAAUAAGUGCAACGACUCAACAAAUUCCACUAGGCAUCUUUAUUACUACUAGUUUCGUACCACAAGAUGUGGCACUCAUCAGAUAAAUUAGCCUAUCCUAUAUAUAUAUAUAUAUAUAUAUAUAUAUAUAUAUAUAUAUAUAUAUAUAUAUAUAUAUAUAUAUAUAUAUAUAUAUAUAUAUAUAUAUGUAUAUAGAUAAAGUUAAAAUAAACCUGGUUUACUUCAUAAGAUUUAUAUUCACUACAAACUUGUUUCGUAUGACAAGCAAUGCUUGCCACACUCAUCAGGUGAAUUUAAAUGUCACGCUAUGUUGUUGCUAAGGUUAUAUAUACUAUAUACAUGUUUGACGUAAACGGAAUGUUCAAGUAUUAAAUUACGUAUAGAUUACAUAUAUAUAUAUACAGAUUAUAUUAAGUAAUGUAUAUUGCUUAAGAGAAAUUUGUUUCUAUGUCUGCAUUUCGACAAAAGUUCACUUCUUGAAUUUAAAGAACAAAGUUCAGGGUGGUAGAUUAUGAUGACUUUUUCAUGUGUACAAAGACUGCAGCGUUUCGUUGUGUUGUUGUAGCUCUUGCAUUGCUUAAUAAUACGCCAGUUUAUGGAGUACUUGACCUUCGACUCUUUAAGUUGCCAGAUGUAUUUGCUCAGCUCUGUGGCAUUUCUAUACUUGCUUAAUCUGAAUGAGCUAUUGUGGCAAUAAUAUCUGGAUUUAAACUGUCCUUCAGUAUGUCCGACAUACGAUUCCUUUUGAUUCGUAUCGUUCCUAACAACCGUUGCUUGGUAUACUACGCUGGAUGUUAGACAUUCACCGGGCAGUGGACACGAGGACUUAUUCCUGCAAUUGCAUUGUCUUAGUUUCGUGCUGCAUGUUGACGCAUCUGUUGAGGUGAGCUUAUUUACUGCAGAUUUAUUGUGCCCAGAAAUUAUAUUACGAAUGUUGGGCAUGCAACUGUAACUCAGCUUCAAGGUAUUUCUGUUAAAUAUUUUAUGGAGAGGAUUGUUUUUAGGGAAGCAAUCAUCAAUUGCUUGGAGGAAUUUGUGUCCGAUAUUCGUUUUGACAUUAGAGUUGUAAGGUGGAUUAAACCAUAUAACGUUUCUGUUUCUAGUGCGUUUUGUCUUUGCAUGCUGGGGAUUGUAUUUUAACUUGUAGUUGUAACCACUCUUAUGUAAAGCAUCUUGGUAUGGAGGACAAGCUGAAUUAAAUGCUUGUUCGUCAGACGAGAUGUUGGACAAUCGAUUGUUAAUUGCAUCAGGAAUUGCCUUUAAAACUGCGGGUGGGUGAUUACUCUGACGAUGGACAUAUUGAAGCGUAUUUCCCGGUUUCAUGUACGGUUUAAAUGAGGAAGUUCUUAGAUCAAAUGUGACAUCUAGGUAUAAUUGACACAUUUUUUGUUAGCUUCGAUUGUAAUCUUUAAAUUAUGUUCAUUAAAAGUUCUGCAAAUUUGCUUCUUGAUAUUUUCUGUUGCUCUCGGUUGUUUGUCAAACGCUGCAAGGCCAUCGUCUCUGUAGAGACCAAUAUCAUUUCGAUAUUCUGGAGGAAGUUUGGAUAGUAGGAAUAAACCAACUAGCUCGCAUGUUUCCGCACCAUCAAAACUGCCCAUGUCGUUACAUCAAAGAGGCUAUCUGACUCUUUCUUGCGCCAAGUUUGAUUUCUGCUGAAGAGAACUGAUUUCUUCGCCUGCAUUAUCAUGUGCUUCCCCUCAUCGUUGAUGGUGUUGAACGGGGAAGCAAAGGUUAAGGCAUUAAGAAGCAGCUCUUCGGUAAUGGAUGGGUAAAAAUGUACGAUAUCAAAACAAAUGAACGAACGAGAUGACUUGUUAGGUAAAUUCUUAAACCAUGAAAUAACAGAGUUUGUGUUUUUCCAUUGAUUUAAGUUAGUAUGGAUCAAAAUAUUUGAAUUGAUACUUUGCAGGAGUUGUUUACUGAUGACACCGAUUUCUGAUUUGGAAGGGUUGAUUAGUCUACAGGUUGGAUUGUUCUGAAAAUUUGGUUUAUCACCCACCCGCAGUUUUAAAGGCAAUUCCUGAUGCAAUUAACAAUCGAUUGUCCAACAUCUCGUCUGACGAACAAGCAUUUAAUUCAGCUUGUCCUCCAUAUCAAGAUGCUUUACAUACGAGUGGUUACAACUACAAGUUAAAAUACAAUCCCCAGCAUGCAAAGAACAAACGCACUAGAAACAGAAACGUUAUAUGGUUUAAUCCACCUUACAACUCUAAUGUCAAAACGAAUAUCGGACACAAAUUCCUCCAAGCAAUUGAUGAUUGCUUCCCUAAAAACAAUCCUCUCCAUAAAAUAUUUAACAGAAAUACCUUGAAGCUGAGUUACAGUUGCAUGCCCAACAUUCGUAAUAUAAUUUCUGCGCACAAUAAAUCUGUAGUAAAUAAGCUCACCUCAACAGAUGCGUCAACAUGCAGCACGAAACUAAGACAAUGCAAUUGCAGGUAUAAGUCCUCGUGUCCACUGCCCGCUAAAUGUCUAACUUCCAGCGUAGUAUACCAAGCAACGGUUGUUAGGAACGAUACGAAUCAAAAGGAAUCGUAUGUCGGACAUACUGAAGGACAGUUUAAAUCCAGAUAUUAUUGCCACAAUAGCUCAUUCAAAUUUGAGAUUAAGCAAGUAUAUAGAAAUGCCACAGAGCUGAGCAAAUACGUCUGGCAACUUAAAGAGUCGAAGGUCAAGUACUCCAUAAACUGGCGUAUUAUUUUAGCAAUGCAGUCUUUGUACACAUGAAAAAUUCAUCAUAAUCUACCACCCUGAACUUUGUUCUUUAAAUUCAAGAAGUUAACUUUUGUCGAAAUGCAGAUAUAGAAACAAAUUUCUCUUAAGCAAUAUACAUUACUUAAUAUAAUCUGUAUAUAUAUAUGUAAUCUAUACGUAAUUUAAUACUUGUGAAUAAAUCUUAUGAAGUAAACCAGGUUUAUUUUAUCUUUAUCUAUAUUAGCUCUAUACUUCGGCCGGUAUAUCGAGCACUCUACUCAUAUAUGAUUCUAAAUACAUAUUUGGUAUAUAUAUAUAUAUAUAUAUAUAUAUAUAUAUAUAUAUAUAUAUAUAUAUAUAUAUAUAUAUAUAUAUAUAUAUAUACGAGUAGGUUUGUGAUAUAUAGACGAGUAGGUUUGUGUAUACGAAACGCAAAGAGUGCUCAAUAUCAUAAAGAUAGAGCAAAUGUAGAAUUUCGCUUACCUCAAAAUUCCGCAACAGUCUGUUUCAUCAGUAAAGAAUCAUCAGAUACCGCCUGAUGAUUCUUUACUGAUGAAACAGACUGUUGCGGAAUUUUGAGGUAAGCAAAAUUAUAUAUAUAUAUAUAUAUAUAUAUAUAUAUAUAUAUAUAUAUAUAUAUAUAUAUAUAUAUAUAUAUAUAUAUAUAUAUAUAUAUAUAUAUAUAUAUAUAUGAAUGGGUGUGAGGUACCAUGUCUGGAUAGUGUAUGAACUUGGCUUUGGGAUUUCUUCAGACAUAAAAAUACACAAAGUAUAUUUUCCAAACGUUUCGCCUUUUACGGCUUCUUCAGUGGAAUGUUUUUUACAAUAAUAUUUCCUCCUAUAAAAAACAUUCCACUGAAGAAGCCGUAAAAGGCGAAACGUUUGGAAAAUAUACUUUGUGUAUUUUUAUGUCUGAAGAAAUCCCAAAGCCAAGUUCAUAUAUAUAUAUAUAUAUAUAUAUAUAUAUAUAUAUAUAUACGUGAAUUGUUGCAUUUUUUCGCACUAAAUUGUUUAACCGUUCGCCUUCUAGAGCUACUUAAGGUGGCGACACCAAUAUUGCCACUUGUCCAAAUUGAGGAUAUUAGGUUUAAACAUAUUAUGGAGCGUCAUAAAAUAUUUUAAUGGUAAAUGGCUACAUAUCUUUUCUAAAACUUGUUAGUUAGUUGUAGCCAAAAUCGCAAAUUAAUUUUCUGUAAAAAUAAUGAAGCAAUCCCCAGAAAAGGGGAAAGACUAGCGCCGAAAUCCCAACAUUUCCUCUUUCAUGGAACAAAUUGAACGGAAAACAGCAAAUUUAAGGCAUUUUCCCAACCUUAGCUUGCCUUUGUCAAUUUGCCAGGGAUUUUUCAUCUUUUUUAUUAAUUUCUACAAGAAACAAAAGUUUAAUAAUAGAGAUAAAAAAAUUUUGUUUUUGAGCAAAAAGGUGGGUAGAAACUUUAGAAAUCUUUCUGCAAAGUUUGCAUUAUUUUUAACCUAAUUUCUGUAAUUCGCCACCAAGUAUCGCAAGUAUCUCUAGAAGCCGAACGGUUAAGUAUUUUGGUGAGAUAAAUACUACGAUUGAUUUAAUAUGAUUGUUUUUCAACCCACUGCAAAAAAUUUGAACCUUUGAUUAAAUAUAGCGAAGUAAUACCACCAAAUAUGACAGAGGGCAUUUUUGGGGGGGCACCCUGUAUAUAUAUAUAUAUAUAUAUAUAUAUAUAUAUAUAUAAGAAUAUUCAUAAAAAAAUAUCGUGUUAUCAUGACAACUACUUUACUAACUUUAGAUACUUCAUGUUCGAAAAAUACAAUGGUUUUGUCAGCAAGGCGAGGGUCUCUGCAUGCUUGUAUUUUCUAUCCAGUGUUUUAUUCUAAUUUGUUGACCAUCUAAUCCACGAGCCAACGGCGCAGAGCGCCGUUGCGGGUGUAAGCCCAGGGCGAGGGUAGAAAUGGCUGACAUCAUUAAUAAAGCCCGCAUCAGACAACGCUCUGUUGUCAUCACCAGUGGCGUAGCUGGCUCAAAAUAAUCAUCCCGCCGAAGUUUCAAUACAUCUCCAUUUAAUUAAACAGGAAUAUUUUGCCUUGCUAAGGAACCCCAUAGACCGAUGCACGUGCAAAUCACGCUACACGGGUAAUUUGACCCUUAGAAUCGAUUUCCGACGUUUCCCGAGUGCUAGCAUUGUUUUGGAUAUUUGAACUUGAACCUCCGGUCACAGCUCUCGCGUAAAAUUUAGAUAUUUUGAAAUACCGAAAUAAAAGUGCAAAUCUGCAGAUACAAGCUUGAACAUAACACUCUAAAUAGUCUGUUAUAUUAUGAUUCGAACACGACUAAUACCAAAAUGAAACGUUGAAAGUAGCCGAAGUUAUAUAAUUUCGGCGAAAGGUAUAUAUGGCUUAUUAAAUAGUGAUACAUUGUUUACAUCGGUUCGAGUAUAUUGUAUAUAGAAAUGGUUAGUUUGCAUUGUUCGAGUUUGGCUAGUUUAUAAUUAUGACUAUUUUACAUUGUUCAAUUACAUAAUAUCUUUCAAGCGGAAUUUUUUGGUGGUAUUUUCGUAUUUCUACUGCAAAUACUCGCGGAGUUCUUUAGUAUAUGGAAUUGAGUUGACAACCUCCGCCUUUAUGAAAUAGCGGGACUUCGGCAUUAAAAACAGCCGUUCUGAGCAUGCGCUGCGCCAAUUAUCCAAUCAGAAACUAGAAUUUCUUGUAUAAAAUAGUAUUGCAUAUCCCGCCAUAUGAAAAUCAGCGGAACACGAGACAUGCGAUUCACGAAUUGCGUGAGUAAGCAAUAAUUGCGUGGAAAUUAGCUAAUUUUGGGUUUCAGAGGUCAAAGAGCAGACAGCAACAUUGCGUAAACUAUAAAUAAAUAAAUGAAAGCACUGAAAAAUGAUCAUAAUUAUAUAAAUUUUCAGAAUAAGAAAAGCUGUUAAUUUGGCUUCACUAUAAAGCAUUUCCUCAUUUUUUUAUGAAAUUUCUAGUCCCGCCAGGCGGGACAGCAGGACCGCUAGCUACGCCACUGGUCAUCACCCUACUUGAUCUCAAGGAUGCUUUCGGCGAAGUCCACCACAAUCUCAUCCAAUCAGUACUCGACUACCACCACAUCCCACAGCACAUAAAAUUCGUUGUAAAAAGUUUAUACACUGAUUUCCAAACCUCAAUAAUUACCUCCGAAUUCCGCACCCCUUUUAUAUCUGUUGGCCGUGGCGUAUUGCAAGGAGAUUGCAUCAGUCCUCUUCCUUUCAAUAUGUGUUUAACACUUUCAUCUAGCAUAUCAAAGCUGAAAAGUACCGUCAGUUUGGCUUCUCGUUCAAGCUAUUAAAUCCUAUCCACUGGUUCCAGUUCGCUGAUGACGCAGCCGUAAUCACUGGCCAAGAAUCUGCAAACCAACAUCUCUUAAAUCGUUUUUCCAUCUGGUGCCAAUGGUCUAAUAUGAUUAUCAGAGUCGAUGAAUGUAGUAUCUUUGGCAUCAAGAAAGCCAUUACAAAAUCAGUCCAAUAUUUGCCUGAACUCCUCAUUAACAAUUAUCUGAUACCAACAAUAAAGAUUGGAGAAGCAUUUCAAUAUUUAGGACGUUACUUUGAUUUUAACAUGUCGAAUAAUAACCACAAGACUGAACUAACCACUCUCGUUAAUGAACUAAUGACUCAUAUUGACUUGAAGCCACUCCACCCAAGAAAUAAGCCUCUCGUGUACAAUCGUUAUGUCUUACCCAAAUUAUCCUGGCAUUUCACCAUCGCAACACUUUCUAAAACAUGGGUUAUUAAAAAUAUUGAUCCCGUAUAG